CGAGUAUUGUCUUCAAAUACGUCAAAAAUUACCAUUGUCCACACGCGAAUUACAUAUCUCCUGAAAUUUACAAAACUCGUAAACAAUGCCCAGCCGAAGAAAAAUCAAAACUGAAAAUGUUUCGAACGCAAGCAUAUUAGGAGUAGCUACACGCAGAAUUUCGGUACAAAUAAAACGUUUGGCUGAAAUUGAAAAUAUGAAAUCGAUCAAAGCACUUGAAUCGACUGAUACACCACUUGAAUCGACUGAUACUUCGUUGCUAGAGGUCGAGAAAUGGCAGCAAGAAAUUUGCGACCACCUGAAAAAAAUGAACCACUUGGGGGUUCUCAAAGAAUCUGAUCGUGUUUUCAAUAUGAAGGACGUUUACUUUCCACUUGGUCCAAGAACGGCAUCGCCGUGUUUAACGACUCUGAUCAUGAUUUGUGCCUCGGGAAUAAUGGCUCCUACUACUGUUUUUUUCCCGAACAGCGAAUUGUCUCCACGAACUAUUUUCGACGAUGAAACAAGCUCUGCAAAUUUAUCCGAGGUGGUGUUACAGACGAACGACAGACUGCUGGGCUACAUGAAAUUGAUAUUUCAUCCGUGGCUGAUCGCAAAACGAAAGAGUUUCCCAGUUAUAGUUUUCAUUGACAUUGAUCCAGUUCAUAUCUCAUGGGAGUUCUUAUCUUUUUGCAAAGAAAAUCAAAUCAUUUUAUUAAGAAAUACCUCAGCGGUCAGCUUGCAUCCAAUCACUUCAUUUGUGAUUCCGCACAUCGAAAAUGCGUGGAUGACUGCACUUCUCGAAUGGAAUAAUAAGCAUCAAAGUCAACAGAUUGCCAUGGACUUAACUCCUUCCAUACUCGAGCAAGUAUUUGUAAAGACGAUGACUGUCGACCUAUUGACGGAUGCGUUUAGGAAAUGUGGAACAUUUCCCUUUGACCCAGCAACUGUUUACAAACAAGGAAUGAUGAUCUCUACAUCGCUACAUACAAUCGACUCGAUACGUCAGCUUGGUACAACACUUCAGUCAAUGCCACAGCCCGAUGCUGUGGAUUUGAAUCAGUCAACGAUUGAAAUAAGCCAACAAGAAGUGAUUUCUGACACUGCAUCAUUUGACGACGAAACUCCGACCCAACAAAAAACUGUUCCUGUACCCGAACACACAGUUCAUCCAACUUAUAAAAUCGCACAAACAACUCUCACAGCUCAGUCAACAGCGACAGCCCAAUUUCAAGUUCUGCUGGGUCCUUUGACAUACGAAUUUAUAAAUUCAGGAAGCUCGUGGACGGGUGCCGUCGAAAAUACCUCAUUAUUUGAAGUGUGGCAAAUUCUACUCAAAUCGCAUCAACACUUGACUCAUCCAAUUCCGCAAACAGCUCACGAGAUUAACAAACAAUUUCGAAUCCAAUUUGAGGGAUUUAUCGGUCCAUUGCUCUACGAAUUCAAAAAAUCCGGAAAUGUUUGGAUGGGUGCCACAGAAAAUAGAGGCCUAUUUGAAGUGUGGAAGCAAUUAACCAUUACAUUGGAGGACAAGAGCGAUGAAAAAUGAUUUGAUGUGAAAGAAUUCACAUUGUGCACUAGCAAAAUGAAACUGUUUCAAACAAUUGUAAACGGUACAAUUCAGUAAAAAUAAACGUUUAAAUCGAUGCAACGAA